AUGGAAUUUGGUCUGAAAGUUUCAAAGGCACAUGGAGAACCUGAGAUAUAUCCUACUAACUACAGAAGAAAUAUUGGGUGCUUAAGGUAUCUACUACACACGAGACCUUAUUUAGCCUUCUCAGUUGGUGUGGCUAGCAGAUAUAUGCAGAGUCGUUGUAAGUCACAUGGCGAAGUGAUGAAGCAUAUACUUUGGUAUCUCAAAGGAACAAGUGCAUAUGGUCUGAAGUUUAAACGUGGAGGAUCAAAGAAGAUCAUUGGCUUUAGCGAUAGUAGUCACAUCAUUGAUCAAGAUGAUGAAAGAGGCACUACGAAACAGGAUACAGUCGCUCUUUCAACGUGCGAGGCAGAGUUCAUGGAAGCAACGGAAGCUGCUAGACAAGCAAUAUGGCUCCAAGAACUUCUAAGGGAGAUCACAGGAUGA